AUGCCUAGACAUAGUACCCCUAGAAGCUCUGUGCUUCCUAGAGACAGCAUACCUACAGAUAGUCCCAACAACCCUUUUGGACCUACUAGGUACUCUAUUGAGCAAUCCUCUCCUGAGGAGCUAGUGAUUCCCCAACCUAGCCAACCCUAUGAAUCACCCAUCAAGCCACAUGCUUCCAUGCCAGCCCUGGAAGACCCUCAAGCAGGACCCAGUAGCUCAAGAAGGAUAUCACCUCACUCUCAUAAGUCAUCAUCCAGACACUCUCCAAGAUUGUCUCCUUUGGAAUAUGAAGCUAUUCAGGAAGCAAACAAGCUAGUUAAGCCAAGUUCUUCUAUAAGGAAGCCUUCACCUUUUGGUCAUAAGACUAGCCCAGCCACCUUCCAGAGGAUGAUACCUGUAUUUGGACUUCCUGAUAUAGAGAUGUUGGAACCUUCCUCUAGUAAACCUCAGCCCUCUGAGCCUAUGAACUCUCAUGAGCUUAAGAGAUCUAAAGGAAAGACUUCUGAAGCCCACAUAUCUAAGCAUAGGGAAACUCAAGCUGCCUUACUGGAUCCUAAUGAUAGGUCUUUUACUAAUGACCCAGCAAUCCAGAAGUACCUACCCUAUUCUCCUUCCACUACCUUAUACCCUUUAAAUGAAGAAUCUCCAGGAGAAUUCAACUAUCAGCCUGACUGUACUCAGAUGACCUCUUGGUGCAGGAAGAACCCUCAAGCUAAUAGUUUCAGGAAAGUUUACAGGCAGCUAGGAAGAGUAUUCUAUCAUGUGGAGAUCCCUCCAGCACAUGAGAAUCGCUUCCCCUCACCCUCUUACCUACAUGUCGCAUCACUACCAAGUUGGUUCCUGCUCAAGAAAUCAACCAUUGGCCUGAGUAUGAGCGUCUAUGACAUGGAAGAGCUAUUGCCUAUUCCAGAAUGGCCAGAACAUGACUGUUUAUUCACCUCUCAUUCCUUUGAGGUAGCUGCAGUCACUUAUAGGGAUCAGAUGGAGCGUUUCAUUCAGAAGCUAUAUGAGAUCCUUGGCAGACAACUUCAGACUGGACCACCUUCCCCAGUCAUCUCUGCAGGACAUCUCAGUGAGGUAGAACCUGGACAAGAACAUCUUAGAGAUAGAACUCUACAGCUUAAGCAAGAUAUGACUCUGUUAGUGCCCAAAAGUUCUAGAGCCUCUUCUGUCACUCCACAGGAGGCGGCUCAAGAAAACUUACUAAGGAGUCUUAUCAAGCCCACAAGUCAAGUUACUAUUGCUAGUCCUUUACUUCCAGAACCUCAAGUUUUCCUCCAACGUCUUCAUUCAUCCAAAGCCUCUCUUACUGUUACUAUGCAACCUAGGUAUUUAGGACCUGAUAAUGGAACCUCACUUAUUCCCACAGAACCUUUACCACCUCCUCCUAGCUCUAUUGCUACUUCUUCCUCUAGAUCUAUACCCUUAGGAGAAUACCAGAGGAGUCACCCCAUGAGAGAAGCCACUAAAUCUCUAGGACCUAGACCACCUACUCCUAGACCCACUGUAGUCCCUUCCACUAGUUCAGAAGAAACCUUACCAUCAUCACCAAGAGGUAAUGCUAGUGUUCCUAUUGCACAACCUUCAGCUAUACCUCCUUUCAAUAUACAAGCCCUUGAAGACUACAUCAACAAUCUUUCAGAUGGAAGUAUAGAUGGCUUAAGUUCUUCUGAAUCAUCAACUGGAAGAGACCAAGUAGCCCCAGAACUAAUAGCCCCAGCUACUCCUGCUGAUUCUAUUACUUCUGUCUCAAGUGCUGCUACUCAUACCAUGCAAAUCCCAGAUAUACCUUAUAAUCCACCUUUAAGCAACGCUGCUAGAAGAGUUAGCCUUGCAGGCCCAAGUAUUCCUCUUAGAGAUCCACCUCCACAUGCUAACUUUAUCAAUCGCAGAUCUUCCUUGGGAGCAAACCGGCGAUCCUCAGGAAGACCAGCUAUACCAGCUGAAUCCUUUACCAGAGUAUCUACAAUUCCAGAAGAGCGUUCCUCUAGACUAGCUGAAAGUGCCCACAGGAGACCUACCUCCUCUCCUGAAUCAAGAAGAACUCCUCUAAGUAUCCAUACCAAUUUACCUUACUUACAGGAGCAGCCAGCACCAGCUUCUAGAGAAGAAGCCAAUAUGAGUAGGAGAGGAAAUUUCUUAGCCCCUCUACUAGCACCUGUCCCACAACUUCAAGUACCUCCAGCACCACCCAUUGACAGGACUAGGUUACCUCCUCAUAUUGUAGGACGAAUGGUCUCCUCUAGAAGGUUUAGUGAGCUGUUUAAUGAUCCACCCCCUAGGGAUCAACUUAGAGAUAGACUAGCUCCCUUAGCUGAAGGAGGAGGAGGAAAUGACCCACCAUAUGAUAGUGAUGAUGGAGAUUUUGAUAACUCUGAAGACCCAGGAAAUGAACCAUAUGCUCAAGCAAAUGCAGCUAGAGCUAGACCUUUCAAUCCAGCUCCUGUACAUUUUGAUACUAAGCUGAAACCUGACAUAAUCCCAGAGUGGGAUGGAGAUACCAAGAAGCUGUCGCGCUGGAUGACAUCCAUCAACAACCUAGCUGAGUAUAGUAGCUACACUAGAAUUCAGCUUGGACAGCAGAUUCCUCUCAGGUUCACAGGUAGAGCUCUUAGAUGGUUCAAUGCAUUAGAUAAGGACUAUAGGCGAAUUAUAACUGAAGAUUGGCCAGCACUUAGGCAAGCUAUCACUAUCCACUUCAUGAAUAGGACCUUCCUGAACAGAAGCAAGAAUGAAGCCAUGCGCAUCAGGUUCAGGGAUAAAGAUCAUUCAGAAGAGACUCCAGAAGACUAUGUCAUCAGGAAGAUGGAGGCUCUUACUAUUGUCAGUGACUGGACUGACUCUGAAUUAAUCUUUGAAAUCAUGAAUGGUGCUCCUAAGUCCUGGACCACGCAUAUAGACACCUCAAGAAUAGUCACUUGGGAGGACUUCCUUGACAAGAUUGCAUGGCAUGAGGAGGACCUUUUGGGAAAAGAUUCUUCUCAUAACUCUGACAUACAGCGUCAGCUACAUCAGAUGCAAUCUACUCUCAAGAGACUAGAAGGAAACAGGCAUUCUAGGCCAAGUGCGCGCUCACACUUAGCAGGAUCUAAACCAGUAGGAUGGCAUCAAAAUAAUCCUCCACCAAAAUACCCUAAGGAUGACUCUACAGUAUCUAAAGGUAAAACUCCUAAAGACAAGAAAGCUAGACCUUGUAGACACUGUGGAAGUAUGAUGCACUGGGAUAGAGACUGUAAGCAUGCCAAGAAAAACUCCAGAUUUGUGCGAUCACAUAUGGCACAAGCUGAUGAUGAUGAAUGGGAAGCCCAGGAAGCUUAUGAAGAUCUCUGUGAUGAAGCCUACCUUGAUGAAACAGAAUAUGACACUGAAGGAGAAGAGUCUGUUUCUGAGGAAGAGCAGGAUUUUCAUAAGCCCCUUCAGUCAUUAGCUGUCUCUACCUCCAGCGCUAAGCCCAGCUCUGGAUCCCAGGAGGAACAGCAUGGUCUGGAGGGGACCACUGUCAGCCAGGGUACUAACUCUGCUGACCAGGGCAGUAAGGAAUCUGAUUCAUCUGUAUUUUCUGGAUAUGUACAACCCAAGCUCCCCACUAGGAAGAGCCUUAAUAAGAAACUGAAAAUGGCUAGUAGUCAUACAGCUAUUGCCAAGAAUGGAGAAGAAAUCACUCUCAAGCAAUUAAUGUCAAGACCACCAGGAACUGCUUUCUUUGGAUCCAAAGCCACCAUCAUCAAAGGAUGGCUUCAGACAAGUAAUGGACCUAAGAAGCGCAUCACCUUUGACUCAGGAUCAGAGAUCACUCUCAUUAAUGAGUCAAUACUUAAAACUCUAGAUCCAUCACCUAGAGUGCGCAUUGGACAAAAACUCAAGUUAAUUCAAGUUACUGGGAAUAGUAGCUUAUCACAGUAUAUUUCCCUUCCUAUCAUCUUUGAUACUGAACAAGGACUAGUUAAAAUGAUUGUAGAAGCCUAUAUAGUUCCUAACAUGAACACACCUUUUUAUCUUAGGAACAGACUUUGCAUCUCAGACGUUCUAUUCCUGUGGAAGAAUCAGAUUCCAGCCCAAGAAUUGACCAACAAGAAAAUCAAGAUCUCUAAGAAAGCCUACAAGAAGCGACUCCAACAUAGGAAAUUACCUCCCAAUACUGUCAAAGUAAAAGUAUAUGAGACAGUUACUAUCCCAGUGCAUACCAUCAAGCUCAUCAAAGUCAAGACAACAUGGAAGGAAGGUCAAGCCUCUGGUUUUAUGGACAGAUCCUUCAAUUCCCAUCGACAAGAAGAACAUCUGUUUGCAAUAACAGACUGCCUGAUAGAUAGGAACAAUCCUAAGAUUCAGGUUUCUAACCUAUCAGAACAUCCUUUAAGAUUGCAAGGAGGAGAAAUUCUUGGAUAUAUGCAUGAUCCCAAUGAAUACCUUGCAAAGGAAAAGGACAUUACUAAGGAAGAAAAAGACAGCAUUAUCAAGAAAGCUGAAGAAAAGCCUACUGUGCAAGAAGAGGAAUUAAUGAAGUCGCCUGAAGGAGGACCUAAGACUGCUGAAGUACCUGACCCAGAACCUGUCCCUUCAGAUAGAUUUCUUCAAGAAGUUAAUUUCUCAGAACAUCUCACCCCUAAUCAAAGGGCUAAACUAGAAAAAGUUUUGCGCAAGCAUGAGUUAGCCUUUGGAUUAGAUGGUAGACUUGGUACUCAUAACACUCAACUGGAAAUUAGACUAAGGCCAGGAACUAAAGAAAUAUCUCUAACCCCUUACCAUGCUUCUCCAGCUAAAAGAGAAGUCAUUGACAAGCAGAUUGAGGAAUGGCUUAAACUUGGAGUCAUUGAGCCAUCCAAAAGUGCUUGGGGAUUUCCUGUCAUAGUAGUCUAUCGCAACACGCCUUUGUUCAAGCUUCUCAAGAAAGGAACAGCUUGGUCUUGGGAGGAAAAGGAACAACAAGCGUUUGAACUUGCUAAAGAGGCCCUUGCAUCUGCUCCAGUAAUGGCUUAUCCUAUUAUUGGAAAACCAUACAGAUUAUAUACAGAUGCAUGCGACUAUGGCCUUGGAGGAAUAUUACAGCAAGUCCAAUCCAUCAAGAUAAAGACCUAA